AUGAGCGGAGACGGACAAUCUUUUGACAGCCGAUCCGAGAACCAAGGAGAGUCCAUGGACGAGAGCAGGGACGGCGUCGAUGGCGAAAUCGCAUCGGAGACCGGGUCCGAUGUUGCUACUCUUGAAAGCAUUGAACAGCCUAUCUUCGGACUGAGUAACAAGAGUCAGGAUGGUUCGCUAUUCACAGCUGUUGGUGCCCAGGAAGCUCUACACCCCCUUCGUCGAACUGCCGAUCGCGUCACCCGCCAAAUCGAAGCUUUUGCGGACAAGCUCGAUCAGUUCAAGCGCGAGAACUCAACCGACGAGUUCAACAACGCCCAAGCAGCUUACAAGCUCGUGGCGAGCUACCGCGACCUUGCAAACAACGCAAUCAAGGAAAUUGAGAAACAGCAGAUUGUUGACCGCGCCAAAACAGGUUUCCGGUCGAGUGGAACACAGGAAGUCAAAAGCGCCGAGGAAAUCCGGCGACUUCAGCUCGAGUCCGAUACCUGGCGCCUGCUGCUCAACCUGAUCAGCAUUGAUGAUCCUUCCAGCCGAGCCCGCUACAAGGCUGGACAACAGACUGCUUUCCAGGAGCUCCACCGCUACUCGACCGAUCGUGAAAUCUGGGAACAGUUCCUAAACGCCGACCAAUAUGGUCUGGAGUGUGUGAUUGCUAUGCGCUGGUUAGAAGAGACGUCCAAAACAGGAGAUCAAGACAUUGACGGGCUGAUCACGGAAAUGGAACGUCAGUCGCAAAGGGGUGAAGGAUUGUGGGCACACGGCUGGCUGUAUACCAAGGAAGCGAUCAAGGGCCACAAAAGACUGCGCGCUUGGCCUCAACCUCUGGAGCCCAAUGACCCCGGGAUUUCGCGCUCGCUUUUGAGUAAGGAUGAGCAGAAACCACUUGUCACUCAACUCGACCCUGAUGCCAUGAUCCGACAAAACAAUGCCCUGGAAGCCCAAGACAAAUCGUUUGAACUUGCGACCUGGGCAACAUGUUGGAAAAUGCUGCGACAAGGCGAAAACUGGACCAAGAUUCGUGAAUGGGCCGAAAACCACCUGGAAGGAUGGAGAGCCAUUAGCUUGUGUGGCUCUAGCGUGGACCCUAAAUCGGCGAGUACUCAAUAUCCGGCCGACGACGGCCACACGCGCUUGAUGAACAGUCGAGCCCAGGACUCAUGGCGCAGUGCUUGCUCUGCGCUCACACGGAACAAGAGCGUUGAUGACUUCCAGCGUGCGGUCUAUGCACUGCUUGCCGGCGAGACUGAAGCUGCUGCCGCCGUUUGCACUAGCUGGGAUGACUACCUCUAUGUAUUCUUCAAUCGUGUCGUGCUCUCGCGCUACCAGGGAUUCUGUCGGCAAUUCCAACGCAAACUUAGUCACUCACCUAGCACUCCUGUGGUGUUCAAGCCGGAGCCAGCCGGACACACUGAACUCCAGAAGUACCUGGUCUACCUCAAGGGUAACGAGCGAGUCAGUGGAGAAACGCGCAAUCCGUUCCGCAACAUCCAGGCUGCAAUCCUUAGCCAAGGAUAUGACUCGUUCUUCCCAGCUCUGGCCCACGCUGUCUCUCAUGUCUCCAACGAAAAAUUCGGCAAGUCCUCGGUCGUCCCUCGGCUUCCGCAUAAGCCAGUCGAGGAAUCGUUCUUCAUUGCCGCCGACGAUGAAGAGGCCCUCAAGAUUGCCGCGCACGUUUACGUUGUGGCAAGCGCUAGAGGUUACGCUCGCGCAGAUACCCACUUCAUUGAGACGGCAUCGAUCCUCGUCGCUGGACACAUCUCCAAUCUCGAACAGAGGGGCAUGUUCCGUCUUAUUCCUCUUUACGCCUCUCUUCUACCUACAUCAAUGGGACACGGCGUUCUGGCUAAGAUUUUCAUUGACAUAUCCGACCCUAAGGACAAGGUUCGGCAAGUCCGACUUGCGGACAAGUAUGGAAUCAACAUCCAAACUGUUCUUGAUGUUCAAUGGAAGUGGGUCAAGGAGAAUGUUUCCGCGAUCGAUCAUUCCCGAGGAGUCACUGGAUACUCAAGAGUGUACCGACGAGGCGACGGCAUCAAGCAAUUGGUAUCCCCGAAGCCUGAUCUGAUCGGUGAUACAGUGAGCGAGGAAGAUGACAAGAUGAUUCGCAGCCUAGAAUGGCUCAGAGUUACAGACGGCCAGUGGGAUAGGAUUUGUGAACUUGGCACAUGGCUUUAUCGAAAAUUCUUGCUUGCCGACAAGCUUGCUGCUGCUCGCGAGCUGAGCUUCCGUAUGCGGUUGGCAGAUAUUUCAAUCGAGAAGUUCGGUUGCGACAUUAUUUCCAUGCCCCCGCAGGACACCGGGUUCGCUGAGGCGACGACUCCAACCAGCCCGACAAAAUCCAAAAGGAAUAGUCUCCACCGCCGCAGUCUUUCUGGGUCGCACAACAUUGCACUUAUUGCUGCAUACAACGAGUGCCAGGCGAUGCGCGACCUGGAGAGUUUGAUUCUGGGCCUCGACUCCGUGGAACAGUUCGCCAUUGUACAUGAACAGAGAUCCAAGACCAAACGCCGACGAGACUCAGGCACCCUUAAGGUCAUGGGCCAAGAGUUGGAAGAAUGUGUGAGCGUGGUGGAAGAAUGGAUUGGAGCUGUGACGGAUGAAGAAUGGCUCCCCACAUCUGCCAAUGCCGAUGAAGAGAAGGACUUUGCUCACAUUCGGACAACAUACCUCCCAGAGCUGUUACUCGACUACCACAACGCGAUGUACUAUGCCAGCUUCUGUCUCGAGAGGAACGAUCUGCUCACACAGUGCAUGAUUGUCUCUAUCUGGGUUGCCAAUUACGACCACAUCACCCACGCUUUCACGCAAGCGAAGCGGAUGUCUGAAUUGAUGGACGCACUCGCAUUGUCGGGCAAGGCUUUGGUCAACCGGAACACGAAGUCCCCGAAGGACGAACGGAGUCAGGAGUUGAGCAUCUGGGACGUCGAGGUCACCGAGGAGGAGAAGAAAAGAAUCGGGCUCACAUCUGCUCUCGACCGGCAGCUGUAG